AUGGCCACGAUCACCAUCUCUUUCACAAUACUAGUCACUACUAGUCUUCUCAUCAUAUCAAUAUUGACCCUCCUGAAAAGGCCGUCAAACUCCUCGUCCUCCUCGUCUAAGCCACCUGCCCGGCUGCCUCCAGGACCAUGGGCGCUGCCCGUGAUCGGGAACCUGCACCAGAUGGCCAUUGGAUCGUCGGUCCCACACCGGCGGCUGAGGGACCUGGCCAAGCAACAUGGGCCCCUGAUGCGCCUUCGGUUCGGGGAGGUGCCGAUCGUGGUGGUCUCCUCGGCCGAGUGGGCCAAGCUGUUGUUGCAAACCCACGACGUCCACUUCCUCGACAGGCCCCUCCUGCCCGCUGCCCGCAUCAUAUUCUACGGCGGCCGGGACAUGGGGUUCACGCCCUACGGCGAGUACUGGAGGCAGAUGAGGAAGGUUUGCAACAUGGGCUUGCUGGGCGCCACGCGGGUCAAGUCCCUCCAUCCCACCAUGGAGCAAGAGGUCAGCAAGCUGGUCGCCCAAACUCGUGCUGCUGCUGCUGCUGCUGGGCCCAUCAACCUCAGCGUGGUGCUGUUCGACCUGGGGAGUUGCGUCAAUUCCCGCGUGGUCCUGGGGAUGAGCGCUGUGAGACAGGAGCAAGUCGGGCUCUUCUUCUCGCUUACCAAACAGCUGAUGAAGGCCUUGGGAGGGUUCAGCCUCGUCGACAUGUUCCCUUCCAGCGACUUGCUGCGGCGUCUCACGGGUGCCCACGCCGAGCUCAAGAAGCUCCACGCCGCUGUGGAUGCCAUCCUUGAAACCAUAAUCAGCGACCAUGAAGCAAAAAGAUCAUCAGCGGCCAUGAACGAUGAAGAAGAAGAAGAAGAUCAAGAUCUAGUUGAUUUUCUUCUCAAUCUCAAGGAGAACAAGGAUCUCGGAUUCCCCUUUACCAACGUUGAGAUUAAAUCUGUCAUCUUCGACAUAUUAAUGGCUGGAACGAACACAUGGAACGCCGUGAUAGAAUGGGCAUUGUCGGAGAUGUUGAAGAAUCCGAGAAUCAUGAAAAAAGCACAAGACGAGGUGAGACAGCUGGUAUUUAACGGGAAAGGAGAUAUUGUAGAUGAAGCGUGCAUUAAUCAGUUGCACUAUCUACAAUUAGUAGUAACAGAGACACUAAGAUUGCAUCCUUCUGGCCCUUUAAACGUUCCAAGAGAAAAUCAAGAGACAGUGGUGAUCCAAGGGUAUCGAAUACCGGCUAAGACCAAGGUCAUAUUCAACUCAUGGGCCAUUGGACGUGAUCCCAAUCACUGGACCGAUCCCGAAACUUUCUAUCCAGAAAGAUUCCUUAAUACUUGCACCGAUUAUAAGGGCCUCCAUUUUCAAUUCAUCCCAUUCGGAGCUGGACGAAGAAUGUGCCCUGGUGUACAUUACGGGACUACUAUUGCUAAACUUGUACUCGCAAAUUUACUUUAUCAUUUUGAUUGGGAACUCGCGAAUGGAGUGAAGCCCCAAGAUUUGGACAUGGAGGAAAGAUUGGGCUUGGAUUUGAGAAGGAAAAACGAUUUGGUCAUCAUUCCCAUCCCAUACCACCAUCAAGCAGCUUAG